AUGUUUUUCCCCUACCGGCUCUUGAUGACGGAAGACUUCAGAUUUGAAAAUGCUUUUACUCACUCACCGAUUACCCAAGUACAGCUCCCUUUCAUAGGUUGGUUACUUUUGGAGGAUUGUCUCGAUGCUACAUUGUAUGAGCCAAGCAAAAGUACAACCCAAAUGGUACCUCUCGUUUUCCGGGAUUAUGUCACAAGGUACUUUUAUAUUUCGCCGGACGUUGAGUUGUUGAAUCGCCAAGACAAUAAUCUUCGAUCAAAUCUGCGUCCUAAUAUGAAAGCCAAGAGAAAAGUAACCCUCAGUAUUGCAUUGUUACGGGACGGACAGCGGAUUGAGGGACGCCUUGUAUACCUCUGCCAAGACUUCAUUAUCAUCAAACCGGACAUCGAAAAUGGAGGCGACGAUAUUGUCACGAAAAGGUCUUUAUCUGCAGAUAGAUCUGUCCAACAGACAAUACACUCACCCAUUAUCUGA